GAUCGGCCUUUGCAAAAGCGAAGCCAGAAAGUCCGUGGACGUCCUUGACCCGAAAGGGAAUUGUCAGAGUCGUUUUCUUUCCCUUUUUCUUCAACUGGUGGCUACAAGUGACCUCCAAAGUUAUCUUUCUGUGGCUCCUUUUCCUUUAUCUUCUUCAAGUGGCGGCAGUCAUACUCUUCUUUACGAUAGAAAGCCCACACCACAUACCUCUGACGGAAGUCAUCGGCCCAGCAUGGCUCAUGUUGCUUCUGGGAACUGUGCACUGCCAGAUUGUCUCCACGAGGACCCCCAAAUCAUCCGCAAACACCGGAGGGAGAAGGAGGAGGAAAUUAAGGAAAGCAGCCCACUUGGAAGUGCAUCGUGAAGGGGAUGGCUCUAGCACGACCGACAACACUCAGGAAGGAACCGUCCAGAGUUACGGCACCAGCAGCUCUUACAGCCUUUGCUCUGUCUUCAAGGAACUCUGGCACGCUACUUCCUUUUUAUCAGGAGCAAAGAAAGCAAAGAACUCCAUAGACAAAUCCACGGAAACCGACAAUGGGUACGUCUCUCUUGAGGGAAAAAGGACAGGGAGAAACAGUGAAGAUGCUUUGCAGUUCCAGGAUCCUGUCUCUGAGGUCAUCCGGGCAGAAGAGACCGGCUGGAAUAUCGGAACUGCCCGAAGUACAUACAACACUUCGAAUCAUAAAGUGAGUCCUUUGUUUUGUGUUCAUGAUAUUAGACUCUCUCU